UGAAGAGGACGACGGUGCAAGGAUCCUUUUUUCUUUUUAAUUUAAAUUUUACGUGCGGUAGAUGCCGAAAUUGUAGUGGCUCGUGUGCGCGUAAUAAAACGUACGAUGCUGGAAGACGUCUCGGCAGGACUUAGCGCCUGACGGUCUGUCUGGUCGUUCCGGCAAAAAUGAAAGAAGCUCGUCGGUCCGAGCAGCUGAUGGCGGCCGAGUGCUGUUCGAGCCUCUGUGUCCCCCAUCGCAGCGUUUAAGUGAGUGUGUGCAUUUAGUUGCGCAAACGGAGUGCGGCCACCGCGUGCGGCAGGAAGAUAAUUCUGUGGAAGAUAGAUUUCGCGCAGCAAGAGACCGCUUGUAGACGAGCUACGAGCUAUUUCGUAACGGUGCUUCUUUCGCGACUCGGUAUCCGACACGCAGGCACGGUACGGUAAGCUUGCCAGCCGUUUACGGUCUCCGGCAGCGUGAAUUAAAUAUUCGUCUGUACGGCGAAAAAGCGAAGAAACGAGCUGACGAACGAACCACCGGUCGUUUCAGGGAACGCGUAAUCCACGAUACGACCCAAGGAAAGACACGGUGCCGCUUCUGUGUUGCACGGUGUAGGUGGGAGAUUCGACGUACGACGGGGCGUGCGUUCGCGUGUGACAACGCCUAACAAGCGAUCGCGCCCCUUUUCUCGGCCGAUACAGAACGAGCUGGCUAUUCCUCGACGAAUUUUAAUCGAACCUGUGAACUUGAUGGAUCUCGUCGGUUGACAAAACCUCUUCGAUUAACACGUUGCCCUGUUACACAGAAAAACUCCUCGUGCUAUGCACGCACCACUAUCAAUUUUCACCCCUCUCUGUCUCAGGAACGUCUGAACAGUAGGUUACCGUGUUCAGAUACAACCACGUGCGCUUUGUAAUCGUGUAGUGCUGCUUUGUCCUUGUGAGUGUAGUGAGUACAUCCUCGUCGACACGGAAUGCGGCCUCCUCGGGGUGGACGCAAUCUUCUUUAGUCGCGUCCAACGCCGGAAAAGUGCAGCCGAUGCACGAAAGUACCUCCAACGUUCCUCUUCCCUCCAGCUCUCAUAGUGCCUCUGCUAAUCCCAACAUGUCGUCAGCGACUUUUGUGGACCGGAUAGAUCCUUUCGCCAAGAGAUCUCUCAAAAAGAAAUCCAAGAAGUCACAGGGUUCAUCUCGCUAUCGUAACUCUCAGGACGUUGAGCUUCAACAGUUACCACAGCUCAAAGAUGUCACACCAUCGGAGCAAGAAGAGUUGUUCACUCGAAAACUCCGGCAGUGUUGCAUGACCUUUGAUUUCAUGGAUCCAAUGGCAGAUCUCAAAGGCAAAGAAAUUAAACGUAGUACACUGAAUGAACUGGUUGAAUACAUCUCAACUGGACGGGGUGUCCUUACAGAACAUGUAUAUCCGGAAAUCAUUAAAAUGAUUUCUGCAAAUCUGUUUCGCACAUUACCACCUAGUGAAAAUCCAGAUUUCGAUCCAGAGGAAGAUGAUCCAACACUGGAGGCAAGCUGGCCCCAUCUGCAAUUGGUUUAUGAAUUCUUUUUACGCUUUCUUGAAUCUUCAGAUUUUCAACCAACAAUUGGCAAAAGAGUUAUUGACCAAAAAUUUGUUCUACAGUAUGGGAAGUUCCUUGGUCUUAGAGCCUUCAUACGCAAACAAAUCAACAACAUUUUUUUGAGGUUUGUAUAUGAAACAGAACAUUUCAAUGGAGUUGGUGAACUACUUGAAAUUUUGGGUAGCAUUAUAAAUGGAUUUGCUCUUCCUCUAAAAGUUGAGCACAAGCAGUUUUUAGUUAAGGUGCUACUACCACUACAUAAAGUAAAGUGCUUAUCAUUAUAUCAUGCACAGUUAGCUUAUUGUGUGGUGCAGUUUCUUGAAAAGGAUGCAACUUUAACAGAACCAGUUAUACGAGGCCUCCUUAAAUUCUGGCCUAAAACGUGUAGCCAGAAGGAGGUAAUGUUCCUUGGUGAAACUGAAGAAAUCUUGGAUGUGAUAGAUCCCGGACAAUUUACUAAAAUACAAGAACCUUUAUUCAGGCAAAUUGCACGUUGCGUGUCUUCACCGCACUUUCAGGUUGCCGAAAGAGCACUAUUCUUUUGGAAUAACGAGUAUGUAAUGUCUUUAAUUGAAGAUAACAAUCAUGUAAUAAUGGGAAUUAUGUUCCCGGCAUUGUAUAGAAUUAGCAAGGAACAUUGGAAUCCGACGAUCGUAGCCCUUGUUUAUAAUGUUUUAAAAACAUUUAUGGAAAUGAAUAGCAAGCUCUUUGAUGAUCUUACUGCCAGCUAUAAGUCUGAAAGGCAAAAAGAAAAGAAGAGAGAAAAGGAAAGGGACGAACUGUGGAAGAGACUGACUGAAUUGGAGGUAGAACGACGUAAUGCGCUUACAGCUACCUCCAACCCUCCAGUUCCUGCCACAACUACAUCUACGACACAAGCCCGCCCUUGAGCUGGUGGAAGUACACUACCACGCUGCCCGAUCAUUAGCCCUUAGUUUACGUCGAUUGUCCAUACACUACAUGCAAAA